GUUUCCAUUUAAUUAAGCAGCUGAGAGGCAUGAGCGUGGUGUUAGUGCUGCUUCCUAUGGUGCUGUUUGUUCUGCUCGCGGGGGCUCAGCGAGCUUGCCCCAAGAACUGCAGAUGCGAUGGCAAGAUCGUGUACUGCGAAUCCCAUGCGUUCAGAGACAUCCCUCAGAAUAUUUCCGGAGGGUCUCAAGGCUUAUCGUUACGGUACAACAGCAUUCAGAAGCUUAAAUCGAAUCAGUUUGCGGGCCUGAAUCAGCUCAUAUGGCUUUAUCUUGACCAUAAUUACAUCAGCUCCGUGGAUGAGGAUGCAUUUCAGGGGAUCCGCAGGCUGAAGGAAUUAAUUCUGAGCUCCAACAAAAUUACCCAUCUGCACAACAAAACGUUUCACCCGGUCCCCAACCUCCGCAACCUGGACCUCUCGUACAACAAGCUGCAGGUGUUGCAGUCCGAGCAGUUCAAGGGCCUUCGUAAACUCUUGAUCUUGCAUUUGCGCUCCAACUCGCUGAAAACCGUGCCCAUCCGCGUGUUCCAAGACUGCCGCAACCUGGACUUCCUGGAUUUGGGCUACAACCGCCUGCGGAGCUUAUCCCGUAACGCUUUCGCUGGCCUUUUGAAGUUGACAGAGCUCCACUUGGAGCACAACCAGUUUUCUAAGAUCAAUUUUGCCCACUUUCCACGCCUCUUCAACCUUCGCUCGAUUUAUUUGCAGUGGAAUAGGAUCCGCUCCAUUAGCCAAGGGUUAACGUGGACUUGGAGUUCUUUGCACAACUUGGAUUUAUCAGGCAAUGACAUUGCAGGGGUAGAGCCCGGGACCUUCCAGUGCCUCCCCAACCUGCAAAAGCUGAACCUGGAUUCCAACAAACUCACCAACAUCUCUCAGGAGACCAUCAACACGUGGAUCUCGCUCAUCUCCAUCACGCUGUCCGGAAAUAUGUGGGAAUGUACUCGAAGCAUUUGCCCUCUGUUUACUUGGCUUAAGAAUUUCAAGGGAAAUAAAGAAAGCACUAUGAUAUGUGCAGGCCCUAAACAUAUCCAGGGUGAAAAAGUGAGCGAUGCUGUGGAAACCUAUAAUAUCUGUGCCGAAAUCCAGGUGGUGGUUACUGAAAGAUCGUACCAGACUCCCAAAACCCCCCAGAGACCCAUCUUCAUUCCCAAACCCACCGUUUCCAAACUCGAAAGCAACCAGCCGACGUCCGCUGUGCCAAGCCCUUCUGCAGACCUCCCGACGCCCGGAGUGGAGCCGGAGUACGAGCACGUUUCCUUCCACAAAAUCAUCGCGGGGAGCGUGGCCCUUUUUCUUUCGGUGGCCAUGAUUUUGUUGGUUAUCUACGUGUCCUGGAAGCGCUACCCGGCCAGCAUGAAACAGCUCCAGCAGCACUCGCUCAUGAAGAGGCGCCGAAAAAAGGCCCGAGAGUCUGAAAGGCAAAUGAACUCCCCUUUACAGGAGUAUUACGUGGACUACAAGCCAACAAACUCUGAGACCAUGGAUGUAUCGGUUAAUGGAUCUGGGCCCUGCACGUAUACCAUCUCUGGCUCCAGGGAAUGCGAGGUAUGA